AUGAAAAUGGCUGAUCGUUGCAUUUUGUCACUGCUUUUGUUAUGUUUGACUGUUAUAUGCCAUAAUGGUGAAGCUGCGGAAAGCAACAAUGCGGUUACCGCUAUACCGGAGUACAUCCUACCUUGCAGUCAAAGCGAUCCACAAUUAGACAAUUGUAUCAAGAACUCUUUUAAUCACCUCCGGCCUUAUUUAUCCGAGGGUAUUCCUGAACUGGGAGUGCCUCCAGUGGAACCACUUUUAAUCGACCGACUCGUGAUGGAAAACUCCGCUGGCGCUGUGAGAGUCACGGCUGCUUUCAGCAAUAUCACGGUUGUCGGACCCAGUAACUAUACUAUCACCAAGAUAAGGUCGGACGUGAAGAAACUCCGUAUUGACAUGGGUCUUGUACUGCCGCGUAUCGAGAUAACUGGACGUUAUGAGGUGUCAGGUCAAGUUCUACUCUUCCCUGUUAGAUCACAAGGUGACUUCUGGGCGUCAUUUGGUGAUGUGGUGGCGAUAGCGAAAAUUUUUGGCAAGGAGAGUACGCGGGACAAUGUUAAAUAUAUGCUGGCUGAUAGACUACUAGUGGACUUCAAGUUAAGGACCUCAAGAUUCAAGGUCCGGGACACUGUAAACCACGGAAGCAUUAUUGGCGAAGCAAUGAACCAGUUUUUGAACAACAACGCUGCCGAAAUCAUCGAGGAGAUGAGGCCAGCUGCUUCUGCUUCAAUUGCUAAGCACUUCCAGACGUUCGUCAACGCUGCAUUCUCAAAAAUACCCAUCGAUGUUUGGCUCACGUCAUAA